AUGAAGGCGGGCAGGCACGUCUUAAUCCACAUUCCACGAAGGGACCAUACGAACAUCCUGCUUCAUGUGGACGGGGACGUGCAAAGGCUGGGUGGGCAAUGUGCUGACAUUUAUUUCCAAGAGCUGAACAUCACAGGGUCGUGGGCGAAUGUGAAACGCGCUGGCGGUUUCCACUACCGCGCUCAGGGCGUCGGCCACCAGCGCUCCCGCUGGGUGAAGUUUGGGACCGUCCAGGUGAAGGUUGCCCACGGGCGCACGCAACAGGGCUUCAAGUAUCUAAAUCUCUACGUGAAGAACCUCGGUCGCGCCGGGUAUCAAGUCGGAGGCCUGCUCGGCGAAGAUGAUCACACCAAGGAAGCGAUGGUGCCUGAGGCGUGCCAUCAUCGGGUCGCCCUGUAA